AUGUUUCACGAGAAAUUCAACUUUUCAUCGGCCGAUUUCUAUGAAUUCCCAUUUCAUCCUAUAAUCCUCGAACAAAAUGGAUUUUUCAAAUAUUGUAAUAUCUCGCAAAAACAAACUGAAUGUUAUGUGAACGAAUGCCUCGACCGAUCUGCACCGAAAAUUUUUUCACCUGCCAAUUUUUUAUGCAAAUUUAAAAGAGAACACUUCAUGGAAGUAAUGCAUUGUUUGGAAGUUACUGAGCCAUUAACAUUUUUGAAAUGUGAUCAAAUGUGUCAUGAUGAAUCGCUCAAACUUGUUGAACAACAUGAACGAGCAGCUAUUGGAAAAGUAGUCUUCACAAAUUCUGAAAAACAAAUUUACGAACGAGAACUUGAUUUAUUGUGCAACUUCCAAACUUGUUUUGUUGAAUGUAGUAAAGUGAUUAUACGCGAAAGUUGUGAAUGGUUGCAAGCUGAAUCAAGCCUUUCCUUAAUCUUUCAAUACGUAACGUGGCAUGCGAUAGACGUCCACGACUGGUACUUCUUAUCAAAUAUAAUGAAGGAUUUUCCGCGAAGCUGUCAACGAUUAGCCCUUUUAACGGUUGAUUCAAGAGAUCCGAUCGUUCGUCUUAUUAAUUUGCUUUAA